AUGGGUGAAGUGAAGUCGAGGAAGAGCACGAUGAGUACCAAAAAAACACCCACUACGACAAGCACAGAUGCGCCACCUAAUUUUCUGGAGAAACCGGGCGGAAUGGGAUGGGUACUAACAGCACUACUACUGGCUGGGGAAUUGGCUGGAGCUGGCGUUAUUUCACUUCCAAUGGCGGUGCGAUCACUCGGUAAGGGUGGUUUGGCUGGAAGUUUUAGCCGAUUUUUGGUUGGGAAAGAAAGUUUUUGCCGUUUUUCGUUUUGAGAAGUUUUUUUGCCAAAAUAUGAUUUUUUAUACAUUUUAAACUUGUUUUAGGCUUCUACUUUGGCUUAUUGUUGAUAAUCCUGUCCGCUUGCAUGUGUGUGUAUACGUCGGUGAUACUUGGUCGAUCAUGGGUGAUUCUUCAGAAAUAUUGGCCGAAAUAUCGACGACAUUGCCGCGAUCCGUACGCCCAAAUUGGCUACAAAGCGUAUGGAGCUUGGAUGAAGUAAGUGGCCGAAAUGUCACAUAAAUAUUGAAUUUUUAAACGAAGUGCCACAAAUUUAUUGGUUUUGCUGAAAAUGUUUUAAAAACAGAAUAGUACGAGAACAGUUUUUAAUGAAAUGACGAAAAAUUUUUUUGGGCGAAAUGUCACAAAAAUUAUUGGAUUUUUAAACGAAGUGUCACAAGUUUAUUGAUUUUUUCAGAACUACAGUAGCCUUGAUUUUGAACCUGGGAACGUACGGAUCGGUGAUUAUUUUGGUGGUAAUUUGCUCUAAAAACAUGUCAGAUGCGAUAAAACAAUUUUGGCAGUACGAUUUUGAUUACUGUUUCUCCGUGAUAUGUAUUGUUGGCAUUAUAACACCAUUUUGUUUAUUCAAAUCCCCGCAGGACUUUUGGUAGGUUAUUUGUUUUUUAUGGAUAGGUUAGGUAGAUAGGAGAAUUUUUAGGCUAAGGACAUAAUUUUAGGCUUAGCACAUAAUCUUAGGCUUACGCAAUAUUAAGCUUGAUGUUAAAUUUUAGGCUUAACACAAAUUUUUAGGCUUACGCAAUUUUAGGCUUAGGUACACAUUUUAGGCUUACGCAAUUUCAGGCUUACGUUCACAUUUUAGGCUUAGACACACAAUUUUGGGCUUAUGCAGUUUUAGGCUUACGUACACAUUUUAGGCUUAGUACAUAAUCUUAGGCUUGCGCAAUUUUAGGCUUGAGGUUAAAUUUUAGGCUUAGGACAUAAUCUUAGGCUUACGCAAUUUUAGGCUUACGUUUAAAUUUUAGGCUUAGAAGAAAGUUAUAGGCUUGCGCAAUUUUAGACUUGAAGUUAAAUUUUAGGCUUAUCACAAAGUUGUAGGCUUCAGUGCGCAAUUUCGUAGUGUAAAGUAGCUAUCAAUUAAGCCUAAUUUCAGGUGGAUCAUCGUAGCUGGUAUGCUAUGCACAUUUGUCGCAGUAUUUUUGGCUUUGGGUGGCAUAGCACAUGACAUACCGUACUGCAAAGACACGUUCAGCGUACCUGCAAUGGAGUACAAUAGGGCGUUUGGGCAUGUUGGCAACUUACUAUUAGCUUUUGCUGGUCACUUUUGCUAUCCUACAAUUCAGAAUGACAUGCGACAACCGACCAAAUUUGGGUAUUCGGCUGCGUUGGCUUAUUCUAGUAAGGAACUUUGUUUACAGUUGAGGAGGGAAGGAUAAACGGAACUUUAUUUAUAAAACAAAAAACAAAAAAUGGCAAAAACUUUCUUUACAAAAUAAAAAAUAGCAAGAACUUUCUUUACAAAUCAAAAAAUGACAAAAACUUUCUUUACAUAACAAAAAAUGGCAAGAACUUUCCUUACAAAUCAAAAAAUGACAAAAACUUUCUUUACAUAACAAAAAAUGGCAAGAACUUUCUUUACAAAUCAAAAAAUGACAAAAACUUUCUUUACAUAACAAAAAAUGGCAAGAACUUUCUUUACAAAUCAAAAAAUGACAAGAACUUUCUUUACAUAACAAAAAAUGACAAGAACUUUCUUUACAAAGCACAACACUUGAAAACGUAUUUUACAAAAAAAUCUUUAGUGAUUACAAUGCUCUACUUCCCAAUAGCGCUAUUCGGCAACAUUGCCUACAACGACAACGUAUCCGUAUCGGUGAUCAAUAACCUUCAAAUCGUUUGGAUUCAACAAUCUGCCAACUUACUUAUCACGUUUCAUUGUAUGAUAGCCUGCAUUUUGGUCAUGAAUCCUGUGAAUCAGACUAUCGAAGAGUAUCUCAACUUUCCUCAUAGUGAGUUAUGCCAUUUUUAAAUUAUGUGCAAGCUUUUGGGUCUUUUUGGUAAAUGGAAGAUUGGUGGAAGAUUUCCAGUGCAAAAUACAUUACAAAUCUUCCACUCAACUUCCACUUUUUAAAAGUUUUAAAAUGACCUAAAAACAUGAUUUUAGCAAUUUUUAAAAAUGGCAGUUGCGUGGAAGAUUUUCAGUGCAAUUUUCACUAAAAAUCUUCCACUCAACUUCCAAGUUUAAAAAGUGUCAAAAACGUUUUUAGGUCAUUUUAAAACAUUUUAAAAAUGGAAGUUGAGUGGAAGAUUUUCAGUGCAAAUAACAUUAGAAAUCUUCCACUGAACUUCCACUUUUAAAAAGUGUCAAAAACGUGUUUUUAGGUCAUCCUAAGACAUUUUAAAAAUGGAAGUUGAGUGGAAGAUUUUUAUUGUAAAUUACACUACAAAUCUUCCACUCAACUUUCAUUUUUUAAAUUGGUCGUUUUGCACUUACUGCGGAAGUGAGAGCAAUUUAAUGUUUUAUUUACACAUUUUCAGUCAAUUUUUGUUGUGUAAACAAAGUUUUUGCCUCUUCCAGACUUUGGACCUCAUCGUAUAUGCGUCCGUGUAGGUAUGAUGAUAUUGACCGUAUGUUUGGCCGAAACUUUUCCCGAAUUUGGGCCAUUGAUGGGAAUUGCCGGAGGCAUUUUGGUCUGCACAACCUCAUUCCUCUUCCCGGCGAUGUUUUACCUAAAGUUGAAUAUCCUGGAGUAUCGGAUGAGUACGGUACAAACAGAGGAGAGCGAAGAUUCGACGUCAACAGCCAGCGAUGAUGUGUUGAAGAAAAUUACAAUAGCAGAGACGUUAAAAGAGACGAAAUGGUAUCAUACGGGGCCCAUUUUGCUUAUUUUUGGUAGGUGGAAAAGUUUUGCCAUUUUUUGUUUUGUAAAGAAAGUUUUUGUCAUUUUGUGUUUUGUAAAGAAAGUUUUUUCCUAUAAACAAAGUUUACAAAAAAGUAAUGUCAUUUUCAGUAAUCGGGUGCUUUGUAAUGGUAACAGCGACAAUAUUUGCAUCAAAAGACCUGGCUACAGUAUCCUUUAAGAUGCCGUGCUAUUUGAGGUGGAUCAAGGACUGGGAGAAGCCCAAAAACAUUACACCGAUCACGUGCUGUGGAAAAUACUCAAAUAUCACGCUGGACGGAAGGUGCAUCAAAAGCAACCUUUUUGACCACUAA